AUGACCCCGGGUGCUACAACCACCGCUGCAGCAGGAGGAUCCACUAUGACCCCGGGUGCUACAACCACCGCUGCAGCAGGAGGAUCCACUAUGACCCCAGGUGCUACAACCACCGCUGCAGCAGGAGGAUCCACUAUGACCCCAGGUGCUACAACCACCGCUGCAGCAGGAGGAUCCACUAUGACCCCAGGUGCUACCACCACCGCUGCAGCAGGAGGAUCCACUAUGACCCCAGGUGCUACCACCACAGCUGCAGCAGGAGGAUCCACUAUGACCCCAGGUGCUACCACCACCGCUGCAGCAGGAGGAUCCACUAUGACCCCAGGUGCUACCACCACAGCUGCAGCAGGAGGAUCCACUAUGACCCCAGGUGCUACCACCACCGCUGCAGCAGGAGGAUCCACUAUGACCCCAGGUGCUACAACCACCGCUGCAGCAGGAGGAUCCACUAUGACCCCAGGUGCUACAACCACCGCUGCAGCAGGAGGAUCCACUAUGACCCCAGGUGCUACAACCACCACUGCAGCAGGAGGAUCCACUAUGACCCCAGGUGCUACAACCACCGCUGCAGCAGGAGGAUCCACUAUGACCCCAGGUGCUACAACCACCGCUGCAACAGGAGGAUCCACUACCAUCCAAACCACCACUCUGUUCGUCAGUAAUAACAUUGUUGAGACUUUCACGUCCAACAUCACCAGGGAUUCCUGCGGAAAGACCCAGUUUUGUGCUUCCGAGCCAUCGACCUGCAUUCCCAGCUCCCAGUCCUGUUUCUUCGUGUCUGCGGCCCAGUCCUCAGGCCAGGUCUUCUCUUUCCAGCUGAAUGGACCUUCAACCAGCUACAUUGCCAUGGGACUCGCAACUAGCGCUGCACAGAGCUUAAACGUCCCCACCUAUGUGUGCGCAAACAGCAAUGGCACUUUCAAGUUCUUCACCACUUUCCUGAACAACAACGAACUUGUGAUGACAUCGCUGCCGGUGAACGAAGUGAAGGGCGUCGUGAGAGGGAAGCUGCUCCAGUGUGCCUUCACGGCCUCUCUCCCCAGGGCCAGCGGGGUCUCCUCCAAGUCCCCUGACACCAGCUUUAUCGUCUCCAUGUCGGAGGGAACCCUUACUGAGGGCAUGCUGAACACCCCCACCGCCCGGCUGCGGAGCACUGAGGCAGUCGACCUGAGCAACCCCAACAGCACCAUCACCAACAGCCUCACCGCCACCACCACCGCCCCCGCCACCACCGCCAGCCACGGCAUCACGCUGCAGCGCUCCCUCUCCCAAGCUCUGUUGAUCCUGUUGGGUGUGCUUGGUCUGACCAUGCUGUGAGAUGAGUCUGGAUGUGAGGACCUGGAGGAACUCAGGAUGCCAACAGCCAUUCGAUUCUAUUGAGCCUUCCUAUGGAUUCUAUUCUGACCCUUCCAAUCCUUUUAGAUGAUUUUACUCAACAGAAGUUGUAGGAAAUAAGUAUUUCAUUCCGGGCACUAUUUGAAGAGCAAUCACUGACGGCUUUGCUCUGAUUGAAGUGAUCUGAUGAUUUUUGUAAUUUGAAUGUUUGAUUCUACCCAAUGAUACAAAAAUACUUAUUUUAUUUCCCUGUGUACUAUUUAUUUUGUUCUCCCAUUUGUUGUAGCUCUGAAAAAGACUCUCAAUGAACAACAGGGUUCAUAUUCAGGUAGCUGUAUGUGUGUGAGAGAGAGAGACAGUCAGGUAGUCCCGGAGUUGAAGUAUACUUCCAAAAGAAGCUUGAAGAGAGCAAAUGAGUGUGUUAGAGUGUGUGUGUGUGUGUUGGUCUGUGUGUCAUGUCAGAAUACUGAAUGUGUGAUAGAUUUAAUUGAAAUAGAACACUCAAACAUAUCUUAUUUUAGUGUACGGGUGAGUCUGUAGACUUAGUCUACAGUUGACAAAUACAAUCAUGUUUAUCUACAGUUUAUGCUUCCCUGUUUUAUUUGUUAGCUCGAAUGUGUCUUUAUGAGAGCAAUAGGAGUACCCAUACACCACUGGAUGGUGAUGGUCAUGUAAUUGCAUGACAAAUAAGUUACAUGCAAUUUUUUAAAUGUUCUUUAUUAUGAAAAUGUUAUUCAAUAAACACAAUUUAUAGUCCUGCACUAUCUUUGUAAAUGAAUUCAUUUUUGAGGUGGGAGAAAAAGGAUAAAAACAAUUUGUUAUUGUUUUUGUUGUUGUUUUUGUUGUUGUUUUUGUUGUUGUUGAAAAAGUCAAUUAAGAACACAGGAUAUGAUGCGUAGAAGAAGCUAAGAGGAACAGAGAAGAAGGAGGAACAGUAAAGAAGACCACAGAGUACAGAUUGUAUAAGAAGGAUUUUCAAAAACUGUAGAAAUGUAACAGAAACGGUAUACACAGGUAACAUUUUCUCCAGUUGUUGCCAUGGCCCAGUAUCUGGACAUGACUGCUUGUUUUUUUUCAAGGCAGUUUAUUCUUUUACGCUUUUUAAAAAAGAUUUUAACUUUGAUUGGUUAGUGACAACAUUUACAAACAUAGUGUAGGGGACCCUUUGAUUGGCAAUUUAUUUUAUUUUUUUACCAAAAACUAGUAAAAAUUUGAGAAUAUUGAAAUGUGAAACAUAUUCUGCAAAUGUAAAACACGUUCCACAAAUGUAAAAUCGUUUUCACACAUGUAGUAAAUCGCACUGGACACCCGUAAUGUAGCAAUGUAGGUUCUAUGUGCUGUACCUGGACUGUUAAAGGGGUGACAAGGGAGUUUUCUUUUCUAAACUGCAAAGCAUCAGUGUAGUAGAAACAGUUUGCAUGUAAUAACAUUGGGAUCAAUU